AUGUUCUGGGGUGGCCUGAGGCACAGUGAUAGGAGGAGGCGCCGCUGGGAUGGUCGUUUGGUCGCUCUCCUCAGCUGGCGGGACACGAGAUGUGUUGGCUUUGUGCAUUCAUUAGUGACCGUAACUCCAGACAGGACUGCAAAAAGUCGCUGCCUCUGGCGCAACCUCCCGCCCACCCACCCACCCACCCCUGUCCCGCAAAAGCGAAAUAAUCGAGUCUGUCCCAGCGUCGUCUGCAUCAAAGCCGUAGGGAAAGUCCCGCCAAGUGCACUACUAACGUGCGUCAAAACACUGGGGCAUUUCUUCGUUGAACGAAAUUCCCAACUACCUCAGCUCACCAAAGGCUUAGAGCUCACGAAAACGCCCGUGAUUGGCCCUGGGUGUGGUUACAGCUUGCGUGUUGAAGAAAGCCCAACAUCACGUCAAGCGCUCCGGCGUCUCCAGCGCACGCCUGUGACACCACGUUUUGGUCAGUCUAUUUGGUGUUUCAUUGAUGCUAUUCCGCCGGGCCUGCCCAGCGCUCAGCGCAGCGACUUCUUGCUCGCCCAAAGCAGCCCGCCACGUCUCCAGUCGGUCGGACGCUUUUGGCCAACUGGUGUAAGAAGCAGCGAAUAA